UUUAGGUUAAGAUGUACGAAAACAAUACAAAUUGAAAGACAGUUGUUUUGCCGGCAAAAAAUCGCCGAAAUAUAUUAAGAGAUGGAGACUAGUGUUAUAUGUGUGACUGAAAUGGAUACAGAGAACUGUCAGAGAGAGGAAAUUAAGGCUGGUGGGAUACUGGAAGCAGGAUGUGUUUACUUGAUAAUGAAGGAAGGCUGUCAUGUAUCCCUAAGUUCUAGAACAGAAUGGUUACUGGAACAUCUAAACAAAACAGUUUCCAUCGAAGAAACGCAGACUGAAGAGCAAGAGCUCAUAGUCAGAUCUAUCGUGCCAUAUGAACCCCCACCAAACUGUAAUUAUGAAGCUAGUCAUUAUUAUAAAUAUCUCAUCACACAACAGUCAAAAGUAGUUUUCCUGUCUCACAAGUACCGUAUAGUUUAUUGUUUAGACAUGAGUCCCUCAUUGUCUGCAGUGGAUAUUCAAAGAGGUGAAGUUAUGAUAGAUGAGAUGUUUGUUUCUUUGAAACAUAGUUUGGAAGGACUAACAAAACCAUGUUGUAUUCCUGGCUCAUCUGUGGAAUUUAGGCCACAGAUUUAUGUUACAGUAAUAGCUCAUACUCCAUUCUUCACCACACCAGCUCAGCAGGUGCUGGUUCAAGGCUGGGAAAUUACUGAAGAAAAUUUAGAAAUAUUUCUUAAAACUGUUCAACAGCAGCUUCUGGAGCUAGAAAACAUUGUGGCCGAAGUAGCGGGUAUUGCAUAUGAAAGAGUGGAAACAAUUAGAGCUGAAUCUGAAAAACUUGUUGGGGGACUGUUUGAGGAAAGCAGUGAAAUGAUGCAGCCACCAACUGCUCACAUUCCUAUGGUUAGUCCAGAUUUGGGAUUUAUCAACAUGUUACGUUAUGCCAUAUUGGCACUGAGGCUACUUCCUGACUCCAAUUCUUCAAAUAUUGUCAUUCUUACGGAUGGAAUUAUAGCAGUACCUGAUGCACAUGUCUUUGAUUCUCUCAUGAAUCAGCUACGUGCAAAUACAAUACAAUGUUCUUUUCUUCAUGUGGGAUCAUUGUUCCAUCCAGAGUGUUGUACAGGAAUGGUUCCUGAUGUGGACAUUAUGAGAUUUAUUGCAGAAGCUACACACGGUGUUUGUAUGAACAAUGUAUCUGAUUAUGAAAUAAACACAGCAGCCUGUAUGAAUGUCUACCAUAACGCAUUUUUGACAUGGAGCUUUUACACAACUUUUCCUUCUGUGCCAUCAAAUUACCACUCAUCUCAUGGAAAUGUGCUCAUCUGGAAUACAAGACCUUACUCUUUUCGUGGGACUGAAGAACCACAGUUACUGCGUAAAAACCAAAUGGAAGACAAUUUGAAUUUGAGCUUAUCAGCAAUUAUUUGCUGUCGCCAAAAGGAAGGAUUUUCUAUUAGGGCAAUUAACAUCUGUGAAAGUCAUUUGGAGAUACAUCUUGUUCUUCCAUGGAAAAACUAUAUUUAUCUUGAGUACGUCCUCACUACUCAGUGGCCUAUUAGUCCAGUUACGAGCACACCUAUACAUUAUCGCAUUAACAUUGAAGCACCAUAUGAAUUCCUACAUGAUGUCACAUGCCUUGUUAAGAAGGAGUUUAAAUCUCCAUAUCGACAAGCUGUAGUAUCAAGAUUUUGGGCCACGUUCAAAAGUUUGGGAGUGUCUGAUCAAAUAUUAGUUCAUCUUAACACUUUCCUCAGUAAUUCUACUGCAUAUGUAGUGCCUGAGAGCAUACGCAGUGGUAUGCCUGUAUUUUAUCUUCCACCGAAUUCGUGCAGCCCUUCUUUAACUUCUAGUGAUAUGACUAGCCCACAGUUUUGGCAGUACUGGCGACAGAUUGUUUUGAUGGAUCCAAAUUCAUGGCAUAAGUGGCUGUAUACAAGAACUGUUAGUUUGAUAUUGCAACAUGACCAUCCAUUGCCAAAACACCUGCAUCUGGCAAAUACAAGUGGUCGCUUUCAGGUCAUUCAGUGUCGUCAGGCCGCUGCAGCACUUUACGCUCUUCUCAAAGACUGGAGCACCUUUGUGCUGAUUGAGAAUCAAGCGUAUGUUAAGCUCAUCCCAGGUGAUUUAGAGAAGCCCCCUCAGUCUUUUGUUGCUCUAAAGGUUGCCUCAAAAGCUCCGUGUGUAGUGCUCCAUUUAGCUUUUCUUGAGGGUACACCAUCAAUGAUACGACAACAGAUUGUAGGUCAACUGAGAGACCAGGUAGCUCAUCUCACAUUUCCUCAGAGGCCUUCUACUAAGGAUGUACUGCCAAGAAAAGUUUCUGUGACUCAGAAUUUACAACAGCAUUCGCCAGUUACUAGGACUUGGUCAGAAAUAAAGUGCUGUUCCCUACUACGUAAGCCGGUUGAAAAAAUUUUGAUCAGGUAUGAACGUGUUCCACCAGAUUUCAGCACUGUUGUUUUCCCUGAUGGAACACAACCUGCAACUUCAGGAAAGCAAUUACUCUACAACAUGGCAGGUGCUAAUGCAGGAGGACUGCUUACAACUUUAUCCAGAUACUUACAUCACCGCCGCUGGCUCUGGUCAACACAAUCUGGACCUAAUUCAUCUAUUGGGAUACCAGCUAUUGCAAGAAUUCUUUCAACUAUAACAAAAAUGCCAAGACUUCAAGCCCAGUGGACAGCAAAAUGUUGGAUGUCUGAAGAAGAAGAAGAAGAAGAAGAAGAAGAAGAAGUGGAAGAUAAAGAUAAAGAUGGUGACAAUACAAUGCUUCCAUUGCCAAGCAUCAAGGAUAAAGAUGAAGAUGAUGAGGAUUGCAUCCAGCCGUGUGUAAUCCAGUAUGUUCUCUUCCCACCUCAUACAACGUCAAUGAGCAACAAGGAAAGAGGAAAUGGUCCUACAAAGAGUUUUUCAUUGCCUUUGGAGCAAAACAGAGGCAGCUCCAAAAUUCAAAACUCCAUUGCAUGUACCUGA